UGUACACUCGCCACACUACUUGCAGUUCUUUCGUGUUCUCUUAACCAAACGAGCUCCUCCAAAGCAUUCUCAUCGGACGUGACUGAAGAAGAUAUUCACUCAGGAAUGUGCGAUCACAACCACGUUAAACAGGAGGAGUCGGAGAUGCUGUACAUCGAACAGGAGGCGGAGCCAGAGUCCCCCUACAUUAAAAAAGAAGAACAGGAAGAUAAAAUCUUUGCAGUGACUGUCGGUGUGAAAAGCGAAGAUGAUGAAAGUCCAAGCGGUGAGAGCCGAGCAGCGAAACAUUCAAGUGGCAGCUCAUUUCAGCACCUUUCAACAAAAGAAGAGAGACGACCGCAACCUGACAGCCUACUAGGUCCGCUUUCGGACAGUGACGACUUGACCCCACACUCUUCUGACUUUAACACUGAUGAGGAGGAGAAUGACUUUGACCAAAAUGCUUUGAAAUCCUCAAACAAGUCAUCAUUGAAUAGUGAUGCGUUUUGUAAACCUUAUCUCUGCACAGUUUGUGACAAAAGUUGUUCUCAGAAGAGUCAUUUAGAACAGCAUAUGCGUACACACACCCGAGAAAAGCCUUUUGUCUGCACAUAUUGUGGUAAAAGAUUCUCCGUGAAGGCAAAUUUAAAUAGACACACGAAAACACACACUGGAGAGAAGCCUUUCCUCUGCUCAGUUUGUGGUCGAAGAUUCACAGAUAAGGGAACUUUAAACAGACACGCAAGAACGCACACUGGAGAGAAGCCCUUCGCCUGCACACUUUGCAACAAAAGAUUUUCUCGAAAGAGUCUUUUGGAGAUGCAUAGGUGUACACACACUGGAGAAAGGCCUUUUCUCUGCACAGUUUGUGGUAAAAGAUUCUCCCAGAAAAAAAAUUUAAGCGUACACAUACGCACUCACACUGGAGAGAAGCGUUUUGCCUGCACACUUUGUGACAAAAGAUUUUCUGAGAAGGCUCAUUUAGAAAAUCAUAAGCAUACACACACUGGGGAAAAGCCUUUUGUCUGCACAUUUUGUGGUAAAAGAUUCGCCGGAAAGAGAAAUUUGAACAAACACACAAGAACCCACACUGGAGAGAAGCGUUUUCCCUGCAUAAUUUGCGACAAAAGAUUUUCUCAGAAGAUUUAUUUAGAAAGGCACAUGCGUAUACACACCGGAGAAGAGCCAUUUGCCUGCUGAGUUUGUUAUCAAAGAUUCUGUCAGAAGGGAACUUUAAGCAGACACGCAAGAACACAGACUGGAGAGAAACUUUUUGCCUGCUCAGUUUGUCAUCAAAGAUUCACAGAGAACAGAACUUUAAACACGCAAGAACACACACUGGAGAGAAACUUUUUGAUUGCUCAGUUUGUCAUCAAAGAUUCACAGAGAACAGAACUUUAAACACGCAAGAACACACACUGGAGAGAAACUUUUUGACUGCUCACUUUGUCAUCAAAGAUUCACUCAGAUGAGACAUUUAGUAUCACACGCAACAAGCCACAGUGGGGAGAACCCGUCAUAACUACAGAACGCACACACAUCACAGAUAAGAUGUUCUCACAGCAAAGGAUGAUUAAAUGUCAGGGUUAGAGAAUAAGACAUAAAACUUGCUCUUAGGAUAUGCCCUUCAGCAAAAUCGCAUUACUGAGCUGCCAUUGCAACGAGAGUGCCGUGUUUCAACUGCUACAAAAUGGAACUUGUAGAUUGGGCAUUGAGUUCGCUGCAUAAAAUAUUUUCUACGAUGAGGCCUACACCUAACCAAUGCCCAUGUCCAGCCAACACCUUCACGUCUGGUCAUGUGGAGGAUGCCUGGGGAAAAUGGAGGCCAUUAUGCUUAACGUCGCUCCAGAUUGAGGACGUCGAGGACCUCUUCAUCUUCGGCUCUCUGAUGGCUCUUGCCUUCCUGUUGCUUUUUGGUGCCCUCUGGGUUUGCCGAUUCUCGAUGAGGAUAAAGAAUCAACUCAACGAGAUGUUGGAGGUUGCUCAUCACAUCGGCGACAAAUUGUCACAGGUGACGAAGGAACAAGCAGCACUAAAUGAUGCCGCCGCUCAAAUGGUCACAAAAAUCAACACGGACCUCCGUGAUCAUGAGAGGCUCGCUCGAGCAAACCGGGCAAGGGAGGAUGAUGACUAAUCUUCUGAAACGGAUACAACAGACGCGAGCCUCCAUUGCACCCCCGGCCUUCCCUCCCUACACCUACUUGGACAUCAACUGAUACAAUGAACCCACUCGAAUUGACAAUAUGUGAAAAUCCAUGGCAAUCAAUGACUUUUGAACGAAAUGUGAAAAUUAUGACUGGACUGAUACACAAUAUGCCGUUUGUGCAUCCCGGGCUAAUGGGGGACGGGUUUUGAUAAGCAUCUGCUUUUUCCGUCUUCCUUGUCUGUCGUCAUCUUUCCUUCGAGUAAAAAUUCCACACUCUGAAACUGUCAAUGAUUUUGAUGAUGAUUACAACGACAAUAAAUUCAAUCAAACCCUUUGAAUUGCAGUGUUUUACAAACUUCUAAUUCUUGUCACACAUUUACGGUAGAAAAGCAUUUCAAUAUCCUGAGUCAGUCGUUGAAAUGAUUUUUCACUUCCCGUUUUUUUUCUACAACUCAAUCACAGUAUUCUAGAUUUUUAUUUUUUAACUGAAUGAAUUACUUUGCAUGUCUUUCUGUACGGAACCCCAAAACGGUCCAAAUUAAAUAAGGUAAUAUUAUUAUGAAAAAGAUUUUAAAGGAACACUAGGUAACUUGUAUAAAAUAUUUUCAUAAUAUUUGUAGUGAUAUGUCGACUGACAACUAGUUGAAUGACACCUCUUUUAAAUCUUGAGGGGGUCUGUAUCGCUUCCAUAAACACUAAUUAAAUUUGAGGAGGGUGGCAGGAACCCUGCCUCACAAAAAAAACUACA